GACCCAGAAUUUCAGGCAGAUAGUAAAUUGAUAAUGUUAUCAUUUUAUCAGUAAAACAAGUAGAACAAACUCAUCCGCAUACACGCUCAGUAAUCAGCGUCACUGUAAACAAUGGGAUUUUCAUAUGUGUGUGUGGCUUGCUCGUUUGGUUGACAAUCGCGAUGUGUAUUCUACAUCGUCGCAUGCUGAGUUAUAUUUUCAACAAAAUCUUUUAAUUUUUGUAUUAGUUAGUCGAUUAAUUUCUAAAUGUGUUCUUUCAUUGUGACUGCCUUUCUGUGUUUUGAUUUCUAAAUAUGUGUAAUUUGCCGCCGAAGUUCCAUUCAGUGUGUCGCCUUUGUUUAUCAUUCUGUGGCGAUAAUUGCAGUGAUGUUAAACUUCCAAUAUUCGACCGUGAUAAGGAUAAAUCUCGACUUUCGGAUAUGAUAAUGACAUAUUUGUCCAUAAUGGUAUCUCCGGCGGACUUGCUCCCCCAGGUGGUGUGUGGGAGUUGUGCUCAUAAGCUUGAUGAGUUCCACACCUUCAGAGAGUUAUCACACAAAUCAGAAAGGCUACUAGAACAGUUCCUUCAGUAUGCCAAUUCACUUUCAGGCCCAAAAGAGGACAUCCUGAACAUAACCGCCUGCAAGUUAGAGGAGAUCAUCCAGCCGCUAAACGAUGACGACUACCUGCUCGACAAACACAAAUACGACACUGGCUCACCGGACUCUACAGAAGAGAUGAAGAACUUGGAGAGCCGGCAGGCGGCGGUCACACUUUUACAAAUAAAAAACUACGACCCGAACAAAUACGCUGUUAAAGCCGCGGAAGAUCAUCAUAUAGUGUUCAACAGCGUGCCGAGCUUGCCGCCUUCAGAGCGAGCGAGAGAAGUAAUGCAUUGUAAUGCCGUCAUCGACAUCAUAAGCAAGGCCGUAGCCGUAGCACAGCGCGAGAACGAGGAAUCUCACAAAUAUCCACCGAAUUAUUCAACUGUUAUCGAGCGGUCGAACCCGAACGAAGUCAGCUACACGCCCGAAUACCCUGAAGAGCAGUACAGCAAUGCUUACAGCGCGCCGCCCGCGCCCAGUCCCGGCAGCCACGAGGACCAGGAACAUAAAGAAAUGGACUUGUCACUGUAUGGAGGCGUUAAGAACGAGCCUGUCGAACAAACUGAGCCCGCAGAACAUCAAAACUCGUACUUUCACAAAGCGCUUAGCCACAAGCAAUCAAACUUCUCCGAGGAAUACAAGCAGCACGUGUUCGGGCGAUCGGGGAACAAGAAGUCGCGGGACUCGUCAGUGUACGAGGAGUGCAGUCAGAGCAGUAGUGGCUCCGACCCCGACCGGCUGCAGAUGGAUAUCUCUCAGAUGUCGCAGGAUGAUCCAGAGGAGACGCAGUCGGCGAGAUCGGCGCAGUCGUCUCCACAACCGCGGCAAGAGGGAGACGGCGACAAGGACACGCUCUGGCAAGCCCUUAACAGACAAAAUGGCCGUGGUGGAGAAGCAACCCAACUACUAAAACGGCUCAUCAACAGCAAGCACCUAGGGAUGACAGUGUCGCCUCUGCGGGCGUCCACGUCGCCCAUGCCGCUGCCCGUGCCCAACGGCGCGCAUUCACCGAACGGCGAAUGGCAGUCUCGAGCAGCGGGUCCAGCCGGCACGGCGCGCAGGAAGCAGAGCUUCCCGGCGCGCGCGCAACCCGCUCCCGCGCCUGCGCACAACGACGCCCCGCACUGGCCGGCCGCGCCCGACAACCAAGAGGCAUCGGACACGUCGACGGGCUCCCGCUCCGCGCCGCGCGUGGAGCUCGCGUGCAGCAACUGCGGCACACACACCACCACGAUAUGGCGGCGCGACGCGCGCGGCGAGAUGGUGUGCAACGCGUGCGGGCUGUACUACAAGUUGCACGGCGUGCCGCGCCCCACGGCCAUGCGCCGCGACACCAUACACACGCGCCGCCGCCGCCCGCGCCACGACAAGCAACGCAACAAAUCCCGACGCGGAGCCAACACGUGCUCGGAGCCGGCGGAGGCGCCGGUGGCAGCCGAGGCGGCGCCCGAGGAGGCGGUGCUGGCGGCGCUGCGGCGGCAGCUGCAGCCGCACCUGCUGGCCGCGCUGCACGCGCAGAACACGCGCCCGCAGGUAACACUCGUGUUGUUGUCCCACCAGGUCGGUCGCAGCGCCCCCGAGUACGACGAGGCGCCGCUGAACCUCGUGGCGUCGCACGCCGCGGCCGAGGAGACGCACUGACUGCCGUCCGUGCCCUGUGAUACGCGGACCAAGGACCCGCCCGACACUCACUAACUAACUACUGAGCUGAAUCAGGUGUUUGCAAACAGUUAUAACAGAUGUUAGAAUUUUCUUGGUACGCUUUAAGUUGUGCGAAGAUACAUUUCACGCGAUUCAAACGAAUACAAUUAUCCUCUGAUGCUCCAUCAUACGAGAAUCUGCAGUUCAAAUUGAAAUCAACAGUAUAGGAUAUUUCCUAUUUUAUUAUAUAACCAUAUUUGGUUUAAUUUAUUUUGUUUUGAAAAGAAAAGAUAUGCAACAACAUAUCGAAGUUUGCCAAGAAAAUUCAUCGCUCUCACUAGCUCGUUUCAUUAAUUCGCGUGUAAGUGUUAGCGCUUGUUUUGUAAAAGAGGCAGAACGAAUGGAGGGGUUAAGGGGUUAUAUUUCAUUAAGACAUUAUAAUAUCGUUUCUUUUACAAUGCAAACGUAACACGUCGUAUCAUAGCGAUAAAUCAAAUUCAAACGCAUAAUUCAAUAAUCUUUUUACAUUGUUAUUUAUACUAUUUAGUUAUACAAGGCCAGUGUCAAUAGACAAGACAUAACCAAGGAUUUUAAGUUUACAUUUUUAACAACGUCAGUAAUCGGGCAUUAUGUUACGAAUAUUAUACCUCCAACCUCCACACACAGUAAUGAUAUUUAUUUUGUUUGGACGAAACAUUUUGAGCAUCCAAUGUGUGUGCCUAUUCAUUAUCAUACGCUACUAAUUUUUGAGACAUUAAUACAUGUAAGCGACACGAUUCAUUACAUUGGAUUACUCAGUCAUAAAAGUAAAAUUUCAGUAUUUUAGUUACAGCAUCGAGUUCGAGUUAAGUUUGUUCGGUAACGUUCGUCCGUUUAAUGCGGUUCGUAUACUUUACGUGGAUGAUGUGUGAGGUUUAUUGUUAAUAUUAUAAAGAGAUGUAUGGUCCCGAGGCACCGAGCGCACUCGGGACCUUGUCCUAUCGAAAAACUAUCACGAAUAUUUUGUCGUGUGUGGUUUUAUUUUAUGAUAAGCACACAAGGCCCGCUCUAUUAAGCAUACCUUACAAUUAUUAAUGGCAAGUAACAUAUUACAUAUUAUUUAUUAUAUACAAGUGGUAAGCGCCAACAGCCAACUGUUGGUAGUAAUUUUACGAUUGUAUCGUGUGCCUCUGUAGGCCGGGUCGCGGGCCGAAUGCCAAUUGAAACGCAAAAAUGAAAUCUCGUACGAUAGGAACACAAUGAUAAAUAAGUAUAUUAAGCCUUGCCUUAAAAUGCUCUCUUAUUGAUGAAAUUAUUUAAACGGUUACCUUUUUCAGGACGCAAGUAUUCGUAGAAAUACGUAAUUUAAGAUAUUGUAAAUUUUAUUAUUUACAUAGUACCUAGGAGCGUUAAAGAUAAAUCAUAAAUUAUAGCGUUUAAUUUAUUUCCCAUUUCGGUCAGUAUUUAAAAGUAAGUAUUUUUUCUGUCGAGUAUUGCCUUAGUUCUUUAAGGUUACAACGUUAAGAAGCAAUAAUGACAAAUGAGUAUCUACUUAUCGUAACGUAUACGUUAUGCGAACCAUUUAUGUAUUUUGAUGAAUUGUAAGGUAGGUUAUAGAUACCGUUCAAUAGCUUCGUCGCAAUGUUGUACUAGAGCAGAUUAAAAGUUUUCAAUAAUGAACAGUUGCCUUCGUAUAAUAUACUAAUCUACAUUUUAAAUGACAUAGUUUUUUCGGCAUUAUUAAAAUAGAUAAAUAAUUUAGAUACUAUUUUUAUGUUAGGAACAUAAUUUUCUAAUGUGUGGAUAUAUUCAUGCAUUCGCGAAUGUGGAAACAUUCAACAACAGCGAACAACCAAAACGUCGAGGCAUUAUGUGUUUAAAUUUACCGUGAACACCUCAUCGUGGUCAGUGUCUAUUAUAUUUAUAGCAAAAGGCAUUUACGUUAUGUACUCAUCGCGUAUGUUCAGUUGUUGCCAGGCGCGCGCCGCCUGUUCGCCGUCCCUUUACUUGAUAUUCUCUACUUAAUUUAGUUGUAUUGAAUUCGUGUUUAGUGUCACCCCCACGGGCCAGUAAUAGACAGUCUAUGAGACGUUGUGAUACCUUAGCUAGCGGCCGCGACGCGAGCGCGAGGUUCGCGGCCGAGUGAUCCUCUUGCAGCUACUUUUGUCCUCUUUGUCACGUUAGACGCGUUAAGCUUACCGUAUUUUAUAGCUUUAAAAUUGAGAUUAUUUAUUGUUUACUAUAUUGGGAUUACCGUAUGUACUCGUAUAGGCGUUCGUCAGUGUGGUAGUGUUUACUGCUUAGUAUUGCUUACUCUUACUCGACGAGGCGAUGGUAGUCUUCUUGACAAUAAAGUUUCUUAACUUAUAGGAUUAAAAUUAAACUAUUCUCAAAUUAUGCUCUCUAUCGAACUUUUCUAGCUCUCUGUCGGAUGAUAUUAAAAAUAGAUCUGUGAAUGAUAUUGAGGGAAAUGCACGCCGAAGUGCUUAUUUUUUAUGGGGAAUCUUUUUUGUGGAAAAUAAUCUCGACCGAAGAGUCAUUCUCGGCACCUGCUGCUAUAGCUGCUGGCAUUAUUGAUACAGUAUUAUUUUAUUAAAUUUUAUCAUUGUACAUGUCUUAGGUUUAUUAUUAUUUAAUAUUUUUGUAGUUUUAAUAAUUGACGUCUGUUAUUAUGCUAUUGGUAUCAGGUGAAUUCUCUCUUGUCAAGUACACAAUAACAAUGUUCCUUAUGAAAAUGUUUUUAAUCAAUUAUUUAUUGAACUUGUUAAAUCAACUUCCCUCAUGUUUCCUUACUGGGACCGUAGCAUUAACGAGUAGUGACGCCUUUAGAUCUUCCAAUUCGGUUAUUUAUAAUUUAGGUUAAUUUAUGAAUAUCUUAAGAAUUUGAUGAACAAUGUAUAUCGAUAUUUAGUUACUAACAAACCGGUUGUGUUGUGUGUGCUUAUGCUCUAACAAGCAUGUGUUUGUGAUUUUAUUUAUGCCGUUCUGUUCCGUGGAUUCGGCUGCAGACAGCGACCUUACUGACGUGUAUUAUUGUAAUUUAUGCUGAAAUAUUGGCUACGAAACUCUUUGAAAUUCCAAUUAUAUUGAACACCGUUUCUCAAUACAUACUAAAGACUGACAGACGCGCGCUAUGCUUUCAGAACCUUCUGCACCGCUAGCAAAGUAGCGUAUUUCCUGUCCGCCAAGCGUGCGUCUCUGUCGAACUAGUUUCAAAUGGAUUUAUUAGAAAGAGCUGGCUAACUGAAGCUAGACACAAACGCUACUGUGAUAAGUUGACGUGCAUUGUGUGUAUUAGUUUGUGCAACAGCGCUCUCUCUCUCUCAAGUGGCGUUCUAAAGAUGACAGAAGUAUUGUAAUUAUAAUGUGAUAUUUGUUUGAGAAUGUAAGUGCGUGUUUCCGAAAAGCAAUAACAUUGUGAUAAGUGAAUGAGCAUUGUUUGCGAAACUCAGGUUUAUUCUGAAUGUAAUGAUACUGUCAAUUAAUGUCUUAGGAGCGCUCAAGCCCACGGGCGUCGCAUAACAUGUGAUUAUACAACUAAAUAAGCAAUAACGUUAUCAUUUCUUUAUACAUUAUACCUAUACAUUCAGAUACCUUGAGCUAGUUCGUUCGAUCCACUCAUUUCCGAUUGUCGAUUGAAUAACUACGUGUUCAAUACUGAGAUUUAAAAUGAAAAAUGUAAUUAUUUCAAAUGUAAUUUAAAAUUAAAAAGCAAUAAUUUCGAAUAGAACGCUUAGGAGGACCAUUAGUAAACGAUAAAUUUGUCGUCAAAACAUGAUCUAUGUAUCAACAUAUAUAUAUAUAUUUGUAUAUUGUGUAAGUUUCAGCAUAAAUUAUCCACUGAGAUUGUGAGCACGUGCGGAAUACUCAUUGUGAAACAUUAAUUAUUGUUGUAUAGAUGAUAAAUAAUGUGACUUACGCAGGGAUGGAUACUUAAAUUAUUAAAAUUUUAACUGAUAUAUUGGCUAUGUAGUGAGUAGAAUAUUUUUUUACAAAUAAAUGAUAGCAUCUA